AGCGGUGGUUUAUUUGGCUAAAUGACGUAAGCUAUGCUUCUGGCGGGUCUCCAUUUUUCGGAACAGUAGCCCAAAUGCUCCUCAAAGAAAGAGCAGACGCUGAAGGCAGCACUCAACAUCCUUUCCACGGAAAGCACAAGUCUCAGCGAAGCGAAGGUACUCGGCUGAACACGGACCGGCCGCUCAGGUUUCCCAGCAGCCCCUCUUCGCCACGCCUCACCUCGUUUCGUCGCGUCCUCUCAUUGGUCGCGUUGACGCACGCCGGCGCCUGCGCACUGCCUCCCUUUGAGGGUCGUGAGUAGACGCCAUUUUGGCUCCAGCGGUGCUUCUGGGAAGUAAUUAUUGACCUGCGCGCCUGCCGGCCUCUCGGUGCAACCCUUUCUGAGCCGGUUUCCCGGUUGAAGCCUCCAAUCUUGCAGCCGCUGUUUUUUUAUUCUCCGUCUUCUCCGAACUCUCCGGUUAGGCGGGAGCCUCGAGCACUGAGCCGCGCCAUCGGAGGUCACACCAGCAGGAAGCAGGUGACGGGGGCGGCGCGGGGCGCGGACACUCCCCGCGGAGAGCCCGCCUGCCAUGGACUCCGAGUACUACGGCGGCGACCAGUCAGAUGAUGGUGGUGCCACCCCAGUACAGGAUGAGCGGGAUUCAGGGUCAGAUGGUGAGGAUGACAUAAACGAGCAGCAUUCCGGCUCGGACACUGGAAGCGUGGACCGGCAUUCAGAGAAUGAGCACAGUGAUCCAGAGGAUGGUCUCACCAAAGGACACCCUGCGACGGACUCUGAGAAUGAUGAGCACUCAAACCUCAACGCCAGUGACUCUGAGAGCGAGGAGCUCCCCAGGCCCAAGGACAGCGACUCGGACUCCGAGGAGCGGGCAGAGCCUCCCGCGAGUGACUCUGAGAAUGAGGACGCAGAUCAGCACGGGAGCGACUCUGGGAGCGAGGCACCCCCCAGGGCCCUCGGGAGUGACUCUGAGAACGAGGAGCCCCUGAAUGGGCACGUGAGCGACUCGGAGAGCGAAGUGCUUCAGAAGCAUGCGGCCAGCGACUCGGAGGCGGAGGAGCUCCAGAAGAGCGCUGCCAGUGACUCCGAGCCCGAGGCUCCGCUGAGGCCUCGAGGGACGGACUCGGAGAGUGAGGAGCCCCCACAGCACCAGGCCAGCGACUCGGAAAAUGAGGAGCCUCCGAAGCCACGCGUGAGCGACUCUGAGAGCGAGGAGCUCCCUAAGCCCCGGGUCAGUGACUCAGAGAGUGAGGGACCCCCGAGGCGCCAGGCCAGUGACUCAGAAAACGAGGAGCUCCCCAAGCCCCGAGUCAGUGACUCUGAAAACGAGGACCCCCCACGGCGCCAGGCCAGCGAUUCUGAAAAUGAGGAGCUCCCCAAGCCCCAAAUUAGUGACUCGGAAAGUGAGGACCCCCCAAGGCACCAGGCCAGUGACUCAGAAAACGAGGAGCUCCCCAAGCCCCGAGUCAGUGACUCUGAUAAUGAGGAGCCUCAGAAGGGACCUGCUAGUGACUCUGAAGCUGAGGACACAGCCACCCCCAAACAAAAGCCUCAGUCAGAUGAUGACAGUGACGGGGAGAAUAAGGAAGGGGACCCAGGAGUUCAGAAUGACUCCUUUAACUCAGACAGCCAUUCAGCAAAAAAACCGUUCCACAGUUCUGAUAGUGAGGACGAAGCACCCAAACGGCCAAAAGUGGACAGCGAUGAAGAUGAAGAAAAGGAGGGCGAGGAAGCAAAAGUAGCAAAGCGGAAAGCUGCCGUGCUUUCCGACAGUGAAGAUGAAGAAAGAGCCUCAGCAAAGAAGAAUCGUAUUGUCUCUGAUGCUGAUGACUCUGACAGUGACAUUGUGUCAGACAAGUCAAGCAAAAGAGAGAAGACUGUCGCAUCUGACAGUGAUGAAGAAGCAAGGAAAGAAUUGUCUAAUAAGAAAAAUGAAGAGAAAGAUCUGUUUGGGAGUGACAGUGAGUCGGGCAAUGAAGAAGAAAAUCUUAUCGCAGACAUAUUUGGAGAAUCUGGUGAUGAAGAAGAAGAAGAAUUUACAGGUUUUAAUCAAGAAGAUUUGGAGGAAGAAAAAAGUGAAAUACAGAUCAAAGAAGCUGAAGACUCAGAUUCUGAUGACAACAUCAAGAGGGGCAAACAUAUGGACUUCCUGUCCGAUUUUGAGAUGAUGUUGCAGCGGAAGAAAAGCCUGAGUGGCAAGCGGAGGCGGAAUCGCGACGGUGGCACCUUUAUCAGUGACGCCGAUGACGUCGUUAGCGCCAUGAUUGUCAAGAUGAAUGAAGCUGCCGAGGAAGACAGACAGUUGAACAAUCAAAAAAAGCCAGCUCUAAAAAAAUUAACUUUAUUGCCUACUGUGGUUAUGCAUCUUAAAAAGCAGGACCUUAAGGAGACAUUCAUUGACAGCGGCGUGAUGUCUGCCAUCAAAGAGUGGCUGUCCCCACUGCCGGACAGGAGCCUGCCAGCGCUGAAGAUUCGGGAGGAGCUGCUGAAGAUUCUGCAGGAGCUACCUAGUGUGAGCCAGGAGACCCUGAAGCAUAGUGGGAUUGGACGAGCAGUGAUGUAUCUCUAUAAGCACCCCAAGGAAUCCAGGUCCAACAAGGACAUGGCAGGGAAGUUAAUCAAUGAGUGGUCUCGGCCUAUCUUUGGUCUUACCUCAAACUACAAAGGAAUGACAAGAGAAGAGAGGGAGCAGAGAGAUCUAGAACAAAUGCCUCAGCGACGGAGACUGAGCAGCACUGGUGGGCAGACCCCCCGAAGAGACCUGGAAAAGGUGCUAACCGGAGAGGAGAAGGCUCUUAGGCCUGGAGAUCCUGGCUUCUGUGCCCGAGCAAGGGUCCCCAUGCCUUCAAACAAGGACUAUGUUGUCAGGCCCAAGUGGAACGUGGAAAUGGAGUCAUCCAGGUUUCAGGCAACUUCCAAGAAAGGUAUCAGUCGACUGGAUAAGCAGAUGAGAAAAUUCACAGAUAUCAGGAAAAAAAGCAGAUCUGCACACGCAGUGAAAAUCAGCAUCGAGGGCAAUAAAAUGCCAUUGUGACCUUGCCCGGGAUGUGUCCCCAUCUCCGCUCUAAGACAUGCACAUGGACUCUGUGGAGAAAGAAGAUAUUUAAAAGUUUUUUAGUGUGUCUGUAAAUGGCUCGGCUUGUACCACAUGUUGUCAUAGGACUCCUAGUUCUCUUAGUUGUAUUUAAAAUUGUUGUGUACUUUGUACAGGAGAAUCCUAGUCGUACUCUAUACACUUUACACAAUAAAAUUUCAUUCUGGUUUGA